GUUACGCGCGCUUCCUCCUCCCACUAUGUGCGCCAAAGUUGGCCACUUAAACUCCUCUCAGACAGCAAACAGAAGCUGUAAUCAAAACUAGCAGAACCUCUCACUAAUAUUUACUCACAGUUGCUUCAGUGCACAUUUCAUGCUUCCCUCUGCUAAUCCUGCUAUUGGUUUUUUGUAUCCACUGUAAGAACUUUUUUUCUUCUGCAAAUUCGGCAUUGUCCACUGGUGUGUGUUUGGAUUUCUUUUUACAUUUUUUUUUGGACCUGUUACAGUUUUCACGGCGCAAACAACUCUGGAGCUUUCUGUGUGAUUGGUUUCUUUAAUUUAUUAGUGAGAGAUUAAAUUGUUUGGGGGUAGCUGGAAUGGCUACUUUACCAGGAACAGUUCCUCGAAUGAUGCGGCCAGCACCAGGCCAGAACUACCCACGAACCGGAUUCCCGUUAGAAGUCUCAACGCCUCUGGGUCAAGGUCGUGUGAACCAGCUCGGGGGAGUUUUCAUUAACGGAAGGCCACUGCCAAAUCAUAUUCGACACAAAAUAGUGGAAAUGGCCCAUCACGGCAUCCGACCCUGUGUGAUCUCCAGACAGCUGCGGGUCUCACACGGCUGCGUGUCCAAAAUCCUCUGUCGCUACCAGGAGACCGGUUCCAUUCGUCCGGGAGCGAUAGGUGGAAGUAAACCGAGGCAAGUUGCAACGCCCGACGUUGAGAAGAGAAUUGAGGAAUACAAACGCGAGAAUCCAGGGAUGUUCAGCUGGGAAAUCCGGGAUAAGUUGCUGAAGGACGGGGUGUGUGACAGGGGCACGGUUCCUUCAGGUGAGGCCUCUUCCGUUAGCUCCAUUAGUCGGGUUUUGAGAGCUCGUUUUGGCAAGAAAGAUGACGAUGAAGAGUGUGAUAAAAAAGAUGAAGACGGAGAAAAGAAAACCAAGCACAGCAUCGAUGGGAUUCUCGGGGAUAAAGGUAACCGUACAGAUGAUGGCUCGGACGUGGAGUCGGAGCCAGACCUGCCCCUGAAAAGGAAACAGAGACGCAGCCGUACCACCUUUACAGCAGAGCAGCUGGAGGAGCUCGAGAAGGCCUUUGAGAGGACACACUACCCCGACAUCUACACUAGAGAGGAGCUUGCACAGAGGACCAAACUAACCGAGGCUCGUGUACAGGUCUGGUUUAGCAACCGAAGAGCAAGGUGGCGCAAACAAGCAGGAGCAAAUCAGCUGGCAGCAUUCAACCACUUGUUGCCUGGAGGGUUUCCACCAACUGGCAUGCCAACCUUAUCUACCUAUCAGCUUCCAGAGUCAACCUAUCCCAGCACUACUCUCUCACAAGAUGGCAGCAGUACGUUGCACCGGCCGCAGCCCCUGCCGCCUUCUUCCAUGCACCAAGGCGGACUCUCGGCUGACAGUAGCUCCGCCUACUGCCUCUCAUCCAACCGCCACUCCUUCUCCAGCUAUUCAGAGACUUUUAUGAGCCCGUCAGCUUCAAGCAACCACAUGAAUCCCGUGAGCAACGGCCUUUCGCCACAGGUGAUGAGUAUUUUGAGUAACCCCAGCGCCGUCCCAUCCCAGACUCAGCACGAUUUCUCCAUCUCUCCUCUCCACGGCAGUCUGGAGGCGUCUAACCCCAUCUCAGCGAGCUGCAGCCAGCGUUCAGACCCCAUCAAGAGUGUGGACAGUCUGGCCUCCUCUCAGUCCUACUGUCCCCCCACAUACAGCGCCACCAGCUACAGCGUGGACCCCGUCACUGCUGGAUACCAGUACAGCCAGUACGGCCAGACCGCUGUGGACUAUCUGGCCAAGAACGUGAGUCUGUCGACUCAGAGAAGGAUGAAGCUGGCCGAUCAUUCGGCGGUGCUGGGACUUCUGCAGGUGGAGACGGGACAGGCUUACUGAGUCCCAUCACUACAAACACCUUCACACGCUCUCAGAUUCACAAACACCUCCUCCGACCAGCUGGAGCUCUUCAGUGCAGAGAGGCUUUUACUCUGAUUCUCAAGACAAGAAACUCUUGCCAUUCCAUUUGACGUGACCUUCUCGUGAUUCUGGGCUUGUCUUGUACGUCUAACUCGGACAAGAGGACCAUGCAACAGCUGCAGGCACGUCGACGGAUGCAAGAAUGCAUUCCGAGCCAUUUCCAAAAUGUACUUUCACUUCGCUGUGCAUAGUCGUGUAUGAAUCUCAGUGUCAUUACAAUGGAUAAUCUCGCUUGUUUUCUAUCGUUAUUGUUAUUACAUUUGCCCUUACAGUUGUUGUAAUUAUGAUUAUCGUAACUAUUGUUUCGUUUCGUUGUUUCAAGAUCCACACGUAGCAUUUUUUACAAAUUCUCAAACCCCGAAGUUUUUUACGUGAAAUGCUAGCAGUGGGCUAAAACGAACAGGGGAUCGAGUGUGUGUGUGUUGAAAGUGUGACUGCUGGUUUUUCUCUUUCCAGCUGUAAUGUUCCUGAGUGAUUUGACCUUCUCUGACUUCAUUUUUCACUUGACAUUCCAUGCAAACUUUGCCACUCUGUGGGAAGUCUGGCUUUCUGCUGGGAAUUAGCAGUGCUUUUAGAGGACCAGUGAUUUUUCCCUUGCUCAAAUGCCAGUUUUGUUCUCAGAGAUCAUCUGGGGGAAAGAAAACGACAUUGUCAGGAUACUGGAUUUAGAAAGAUUUUUCUAAAUUUUAUUCUUUAAUUUUCUAGAGUGAAGCAACACUUUGCCCUCAAACUAGACAAAAAUGAAUCAUUUUAAAAAUGUAUAUUAUGAUUUUGAGUUUAACAUUUAACAUUCCAUUUAGAUUAUACAGUUUGCUUUUAUUAACUAAGUAACAUGUUUCAAAUGCACAAGUGGAUUUUAGACCAAGUACUACAGUGUUUAAAAGUUUGGGGUCAGUAUAAUAAAUAUUUUUGAAAAUGAUAUCUUUGAUCAAAAAUACUCUAAAAACAGGAAAUAUUAUUACAAUUUUAAAAAAGCAUUUUCUAU